AUGCCCCCCAUGGCCUAUUUCCAUCAUCAUAAUCAUCACUAUCCCGGGGUUAAUGUCCCACAACGUGGAUACUGCCUCAAUAUGACUGGUUCGUCACCGCCUCAACAGUGGCCUACACCCGAGCAUUCACUGGCCUCGACCGUCCGAUCUGCCCAUGGGGAGAUUUCCGAUGAGGAACACUUUUCCCUGGCUAGGCCAUCUCCCCGGUCUCCUUUCAACCAGCACGGCGCCGGCUUCCCAUUUCAGAACCGAAAGGAAGCUCGUUACCUGAUGUACUACAUCAAAGAUUUCUCUUCCUGGAUUGACAUUUGUGACCCGGCUCGCCAUUUUGCUCGCGAGGUUCCUAAACGCGCUUGUGACGAUCCCCUGCUGGCAUUCUCGUUGCUGGCAUUCACAUCCCGGUUCUUUUGUCUUAGAUCUAGGAUUGAUGAUCCAAGCAGCGAAAUUUACUACAGUAAAGCUAUUCAGUUACUUAUUCCCGCUCUGGAUGAUCCCAUUGCGUCUAUAGAUGAAAACAUUCUCGCAGCGAUUGUACUAUUGCGUCUUAAUGAAGAAAUGUCAGAGAACGACACCUGUACUCAUCUACUGGGAAGCACGCGUCUGUUAGACUUGGCAUCAAGCUUUGCGCCUCUUGGUGGCCUUGGUGAAGCGGCGAGCUGGCUUCUCUUGCGACAAGACAUGUUCAUCUCGCUCACAAGGUCCCUGUGUCCCACGAGCACCUAUGAGAACUAUAGAAACUCGGCCUUUUUCACCAGCUCCACACCUGAGGCUAUGGCUAACCGGGCGGUCUUUAUUUGCAGUCAAGUGCUUGCCUAUGCAUUCCAGAACGAUGCAAGGCUGGAUGCCGAUAGAUGGCAGGAGCUAAACACCAGCGUAGCAGAGUGGUUUGAUAGUGCCCCGAAAGAGUCUCUUCCAUACUUCGCAAGUCUACCCGGAGAUAAUCCCCAGACAGAAGGAUCGUGUUUUCCAACAUGCUGGAUGACAAGACCGCAGUACGUGCUUGCAUAUCAACACUAUUAUCUGGCUCGGUUACUUCUGAGUGCCUUUGAUCCUCAACUAUGGAAGCCUGGCCCUGAUGCUCUGAGGAAGCGACCCGAGGCUGACGACAACAUCCGUAAUUUCAUGGGCCUAAUUAUUGGGUUGUCGAUCAGUCAUCCCGAUAUGAUGACGGGACGAUUCAUUGCCCACCACACACUGCAUGCAUUCGGGUCAUGGAUACAGGAUGGGAGACAACGGAAUGAAGUGUUGGAGUUUCUACAAACGCUGCGUGAUUUAUCAGGAUGGCAAACAGUGCCCUUGAUUGCGCGAUUGUCCCGUCAAUGGGCUGAAGCAACAGCCUAA